UAGAGAGAGAGAGAGGGAGAGAGAGAGAGAGAGAAAAGCAAACCGAAAGCAUGAAAGAGAGCAGCUUUUUUUCCUGUUAAAACAAGCCACGAAGCUUGAGGAACCGUUGGCUCAUGGUCAUGGCUACCUAGAUAUUCACGUCUUCUCUAGUUCCCUGUCAAAUGUCUUUUAGAUUAAACAACACCACCUCUAUGCCUGUUCUGUGUGGCGGUUUCUGGAUUAGAUAAUUGGUUGCAGCUGCAGACGAGUUUCUUAAUUUUAAUCUCUCUUUUUCACUAUUACUCUUGGAGAGGCGAUUUUUUUUUUGUGGUGAUUGGCUUUCAGGUUCAACUUCAAAAGACGGUAAUGGAAGAAUCUCUUUUUGACGAACGCACUUUCUCUGAAGAUCUCAAAUGCUUGGUCAUUAAAGGAUCUUUAAUAUAUUCAUUACGAGACUUCUGCAACUUGAAAGAAAGUGCCUUGAUGAACUUUUCGCAUUCCAUCAUCCCCGUCAUGAUUUGGAAAAAAAAUCGAUUCUCGGAAAUCGCAACGAGCAGCUGAAUCUUCUGAGAGAGCUCCUCCUGAUCACGGCAUGGUGUGGGGGUGUUGCAGAAAGUAGAGCUUAUUUCUUCUGUACGAGUAGUUGAAAAGGAACUUCAUCGUCAUAGUAUGUAGGGUUUAUCCCGCAAAAGAAGAUAUGUUGAGGACCAGAGUGUGUGAAAGAAAGGAAGAAAGAAUCAUAGAGAGAGAUUGGAAAAACGAGUAUCAGCGGAAUCUUCCUAGAAUCACUUCCUGGUUCACCACGUCUUUGAAAGGGUUCCGAGAUUUCUGGUUUUUUGAUUCUUUAACCGAUCCCGAAGCAGAAGCAGAGGAAAAAGAAAUUCCAGAAUAGAAAUAGUGGAAGUGGAACUGUUUGUUCAAAUCUUCUUUUGGAAAGGAAAAUCUCCAUUAAUGUGUUUAGUUACUUAAGAGCUCAGUGAAGAGAAAAAUCUCUCGAUCGAACUGCUAUUAAAGAACAGAGAUAGAGUUGUGAUCCAAGAAUGGAUAAAGUGAAGCAAGUUUCUUGGGCGUUCUUACGGAGGCAUUUGCUGCUCUUGUCGCUUACACUGAACUUGAGUUUACUCUCUAGAUUUGUAUACGAGCGAGGAAUCCUCCCAGAAACUACUGAUCACAGACCUCACCAAGAAGAACUCUGCUUCGAGAAGGAGAUCAUCAACCCAGUGUGUGGCGCUUCAGAGCAAGAGGCGCAUGUUAGUAGAAGCAGUACACACUCAAGUUCGCGCGCUCAGGCGGCAGACGGCGGGAACAAGGUUAUAAACCUGGAUCAUGGGGAUCCGACGAUGUACGAAGAAUAUUGGAGGAGGAUGGGAGAGAAAAGCAGGAUCGUGAUGAGAGGUUGGGACUCAAUGAGCUACUUCUCGGACUUGGAGAACCUGUGCUGGUUCCUGGAGCCGGAAUUUGCCAAACAGAUUACCAGAUUACACGGAUCGGUCGGCAAUGCAGUAACCCAUGAUCGUCACAUCGUGGUAGGGACGGGGUCCACACAGCUAUUCCAGGCAGCACUUUAUGCUCUCUCUCUUCUUCCAUCUCCUCAUGCGUCUCCUCAGCAGCCCAUCAGCGUUGUCUCCGCUGUUCCCUACUACUCGUCAUACCCAUCAGUGACAGACUACUUGAAGUCAGGGCUCUAUAAAUGGGAAGGUGAUGCUUAUACUUUCACCAAAGAAGAACCUUACAUAGAACUUGUUACUUCCCCGAACAACCCUGAUGGCUUUAUAAGGCAACCUGUGGUUAACCGGAGUAGAGGGAUAGUGGUAUAUGACCUUGCUUACUAUUGGCCACAAUACACUCCAAUUACAUCUGCUGCGGACCAUGACCUCAUGCUUUUCACCUUCUCCAAAAUCACCGGCCAUGCUGGGACACGCAUGGGGUGGGCUCUUGUCAAGGAUAAGGAGGUGGCCAGAAAGAUGACUGAAUUUAUAGUACUCAAUACUAUAGGUGUAUCAAAGGACUCUCAACUCCGGGCUGCAAAAAUCCUCCAAGUAGUUUCAGAUGGUAGUGAACAUAUGGGCUUCCCUGAGGAUGCCGAUAGCUUCUUCUUGUAUGCUUACCAUCAGAUGACUCUGAGAUGGGAACGGCUGAGAGAUGCAGUCAGACACAGUGGUUUGUUCAGUCUUCCUGAGUUCCUAGCACAAUUCUGCAACUACAAUGGUGGAUUCACUGAACCCCAUCCUGCUUUUGCAUGGUUGAAAUGUAAGGGGGAUAUAGAAGAUUGUGAGAGCUUUCUAAGAGAGCAUAAAAUCAUCACGAGAAGUGGGAGACACUUUGGUAUGGAGGCCAAGUAUGUCAGGAUUAGCAUGUUGGAUCGAGAUGAGAAAUUUAACCUCUUUAUGGAGAGGUUGUCAAACAUCAGUUUAUGACAAUUCUUAAUAGAAUUUAAGAAUGAGGAUAUAGCUUAAACCGCAGACCAGAGCUUGAUUGAUGCGCAUGGGUCCUUCUCAAUCUGAAGGAAGCAUCAAAGUAUGUUGGGAAGACUCGUAUGAAUUCCCAUUCUUCAAAGAAGCAUAUUGACUGCAAAACCGAAGAUGGCACUUGUAAUUUUCUUACGGUUGUAGGUUCUAUCAGGUUCGUAAAGAUCUUUGCCCAAUUAUAUAGGUUUUUGAAGAAAAAAGUGGUCCAAUGUCCUAAUCUGGCUUUCAAUUAAAUGAUGUGAGCAUUUAGAACUUGUUUGGUGUUAAGCUGGGAUCCACCUUUUGCAGUGGAAAUCGCUCAUGAAAGGACGUCAGAGCUAUCAUAGAGGCAAAGAUGCUCGCUGUAUUUGGGAAAUUGUUAGAUUAAGACGUGUUUUUUGGAAGGGCAUUUCCAUAUAUAAGUAUACAACUGUCAUGUUGCAGCA